AUGUCUCCACCAAUUGCCACCUUUAACGAGUUUGAAGGCUACGCCAGCACCAAACAGAUGAAAGAAAGCGCCCUUGGAGCCAAAAAGGUAGCCUUGACGGCCGCCAACGAACACUACAACAACAGUCUGCUUGAACAAUUCAGUGGCAAAUGGGACGGUUUCAAAUUUGCUCCCAUCCGCGAGUCCCAGGUCUCUCGGGCUAUGACUCGACGCUACUUUGCCGACCUAGACCGAUAUGCCGAGUCGGACGUGGUCAUCGUCGGCGCGGGUUCUUGCGGACUUUCCACUGCCUAUACCUUGGCAAAGGCGAGACCCGACCUGAAAAUCGCCAUCAUUGAGGCUUCCGUCAGCCCCGGAGGCGGUUGCUGGCUGGGUGGCCAGCUCUUUUCGGCCAUGGUUCUGCGCAAACCAGCCGAAGCCUUUCUCAAUGAUAUCGGCGUGCCGUAUGAAGACGAAGGCAACUAUGUGGUUGUCAGGCACGCCGCACUCUUCAUGUCCACGCUGAUGAGCAAGGUCUUGGCCAUGCCAAAUGUCAAGCUGUUCAACGCCACCUGUGUUGAAGAUCUGGUCACCCGCCCGUCUGCCGAAGGCGGUGUCAGAGUGGUUGGCGUGGUCACAAACUGGACGCUGGUCACCUUGCACCAUGAUAACCAUAGCUGCAUGGACCCCAACACAAUCAAUGCUCCACUAGUCAUCAGCACCACUGGCCACGAUGGACCCUUUGGAGCUUUUUGCGCCAAGCGCCUGGUCAGCAUGAACGCGGUUGAGAAAUUGGGCGGCAUGCGUGCGCUCGACAUGAACAGUGCCGAGGAUGCCAUUGUCAAGGGAACUCGCGAGGUGUCGCCGGGCUUAAUUAUGGGCGGCAUGGAGCUGAGUGAACUGGAUGGCGCCAAUCGCAUGGGUCCAACCUUUGGGGCCAUGGUCUUGAGCGGUGUCAAAGCUGCGGAGGAAGCUCUGAAGGUCUUUGAGACGAGGAAAGCAGAGUGUGCCGAGUGA